CGCACGCACGCACACACGCACGCCGGUGCUUCCGCUCUCCGGCUCGCCCAUCGCCGGAUGUUCACCGACAGCGGCUCUGCCCCGGCUGCGCGGCAGACACGCCUGCACCAGUUCUUCGGCGGCCUGGACACCAGUCUGCCGGAGUACUUUGUGCUUCACUGGGAUGACCAAUUGCCGCGGGCCCACUUUUCCCGGAGCUCCGAUGAGACAACCCUGCGCACUGCCUUGGGGCCGGAUGUGGCCGUCGACCCGGGGGCCACCGAGAGACUGUGCAUUUCCUCCAUCGGCUCCUUCGAAUGGCGCCAGGGGCGCCGGCGGGUGGAGCUCCUCCUGACACACGACUGCCCGGCCGGGGCCGAUCGCCCGGGGAGCCUCCCAUGCCGGGGCCUGGGCAGCCGAUGCCGGGCCGCCGGCGCACGCCCGACCCCUUUGGCCGGGGCCGGGCUCGGAUCCGGGGCCGAUGAAGGGUGCUUUCCCCUGACGCCGGAGGCGCGGGCAUUCAUCUCUCCCGGGGCGGUGUCCAUGCUGAAGAGCCACCUGCAAAAGUGCGUGCGCCGACAGCGUGCCGGUCUGGCCGUGCAAACGGCCAAACACCUGGCCACUCUCGACAUGAGCGAGCUCCUUCGACGGCUUCCGAUCAUCGCCGUGGAGGAUGUGGCCGUGCACUUCCAAGUGCCGGUGGUUAUUUGGCUGAUGUCAGCACACUCGCGUGGCUUCCGCCUGACGGGGGCCCAAUUUGACUGGGUGCUGGGCUGGGUGCAUCUGCUGGCCGGGGGCGGUCUCGUGCCCUGGGCCGAGCAUGGCGACCUGUCCGGGCCGGUGGUCGCCGGUCCCGGGCCGAAUGCCAGAGCGGGCACCUGCUCCGAGACCAGGCCCGGCAAGGCCACCUCCGCCGCAUUGGCCCCUCCUCGCCCGGACGCCGACCCGGUCCCUUUGCAAGAUGCAGUCGAGGGGGCCUGCCCGGGCGCGAGCACCGCCCCGGGGCCCGGGCCCCGGGACACCGCUGGAAAUGGGCCCCGAUCGGCAGCCUCGGCCUGCGGCCCUGGCGCCGAAGUGCCGACCGGCGGACCGUCGACGGGCGGGCCGCUGCCCGGGAUGACCCUCUGCGAUCCUCCGGACUGGUCGGCCGGGUCCAGCUUCACCCUCGGCUCGGCAUCGCUCUUUCGCCUGUCGGCGCCUGUGCGCGAUUUGCUCCUGAGCCUGCAGCUUCGCCGGGCCUACGGCGGCAUGGCCGGCGACAUGGCCAUGCUGGACAACAUGACGCGGCGGUGGAUGCGCCGCUUCGGUGGGGCCCUCGCGCCGCUGGCCGCCGAGGGCGUGCCCCUGACGGUGCCGGCCACCGAAGCGGGCAUCCUGCCCGGCGGCAUGCCCACCACCGGGCCCCAUGCCCCGGAGUGCUCGCUGUCGGCGGCGGUGGCCAUGCUUCGGGUGGCUGCCGUGCCGCUGGCCAGCCGCCGGGUGCCGGCGCUGCGGCCAGAAGAGUGGGAAAUGGCCGCCAUCGAUCCCCACUGCUCCAGUGUGGUGCGCAUGCUGCUUGCGGAUCGGCUGGCCGAGGGGUCGGCACGGAAGCGCUUCGCCGCGGACAGCGGGGUCCCGGGCUCGCGGCACCCGGUUUCCUUCGUCGGGGUAUGGUCGGUCCCGGGCGCCCGGCCCGGCUCUUCGUCGGCGGGGCCCGGAUCUGCGGCGGCGGCGGCGGCGGCGGCGGCGACCGCGGCGGCAGCCGAGUCGGCGGAUGGGGGCGAUGCCGGACCCGAUGGGGUGACGCUGCGUCAGUGUCGGAUCCUCCUGCGGAAUGAGGCCAUCCCCGAGCGGCGGAUCGGCUCGCUCAUGUGGCGCUUCGAUGGGUCGGUCAAUCGACGCCCGGCCAUGGUGCUGGGCGGGUGCCGGUGCCGGGGGGCCGACCCCUCCGGCGGGGAGGAGCCCCCACCGAAGCCCUGGAUCGAGGGGGAGGCCGCCCAGGGAGACGCCCUGCCGGAGCAGGAGGAGGACCGCCGCCUGUGGCAAGCCAUCCGCCCGGCCGUGCACAUCCUGGCCCUCCGGUACAUACGUCAAAACCGCUACCUCUGAGCCUCCCGGGUUCCCCAUUCCCGGCCGGGCCCUUUCGGUGGGCUUCUUCUGUGCGUCCGGCCGCUGCCGGCCCCCGGGGGUGUCGGCGGCGGCCCCGGCCAGCGAGAAGCACCAAUGCCGCGCCAAUGAAGCCUUUCUGCCAACGCACACGGCAUCUCUUA